GCCCAGCCGGCCGCCGGGACGCGGCCAGCAGCGCCCGGCGCCCCCCGGCGAGCCGGGCCCCCUGGAGGGCUACAUCAGCGUCCUGGAGCACAAGCCUUUAAAAAUGCACUGCAAGAGUUGUGCAUUGGUAACCAGUUCUGGACACCUUCUGGGAAGUAAACAGGGUGACAAAAUCGACCAGACAGAGUGUGUAAUACGAAUGAACGAUGCACCUACUCGAGGUUAUGGAAAAGAUGUUGGAAACAAAACGAGCCUUCGAGUCAUUGCACACUCUAGUAUUCAGAGGAUUUUACGAAAUCGGAACGAACUCUUAAACAUGAGCCAUGGAGCCGUAUUUAUCUUCUGGGGUCCGAGCAGCUACAUGAGGAGAGAUGGAAAAGGCUUGGUGUAUAAUAACCUGCAGCUGAUGAAUCAGAUACUGCCUCAGUUAAAAGCAUAUAUGAUUUCUCGCCACAAGAUGCUUCAAUUUGAUGACCUUUUUAAACGGGAAACCGGGAAAGACAGGAAGAUAUCCAACACUUGGCUUAGCACGGGCUGGUUCACAAUGACUAUCGCAUUAGAGCUCUGUGACAGGAUAAAUGUUUAUGGCAUGGUGCCACCGGAUUUCUGCAGGGAUCCUAAUCAUCUUUCAGUACCUUAUCAUUAUUAUGAACCUCUGGGACCUGAUGAAUGCACAAUGUACAUAUCACACGAGCGGGGCCGAAAGGGCAGCCAUCACCGUUUCAUCACAGAGAAACGAGUGUUUGAGAACUGGGCACGGACAUUCAAUAUUCACUUUUUUCAACCAGACUGGAAACCAGAACCACUUACUGUAAAUCACCCUGAGAUUAAACCAGUGGUCUGAGGGAUGAACACAGAAGACUGCAAUCACAAUCACCUACUGUAUCAGCUUUCAGGGUGUUGGACAUUCUGGGACAGCAAGGCAACCUAGACAAGAAGGUAACAGGAUUUGCAGAUGAGAACUGCGACAACAGUCAGGAAGUUAGGAUGGAGUAUAUCAAGAGUACUUUGUGCUGAACUGUACAUAAAACUAAUAUAUAGCCUUUUCUGGCCAUCUGACUUCCUGUAUGUGUUUGUGAUUUGUGAAAAGCAACUUGAGUAUCAUUAAUGGGAUGGUUAAUUCAUCAUGGUUUUUUAAAGUACAAUGCCACUGAAUUUUCAUAGUGAAAACUUACAGUACUUACUUAUUUAAUGGAGGUUUUUAUGCAACCUAGGCCAGUAUUUUUCUAAUUCACAAUUAUGUGGUUGUUUACCUUUCAUAAUCCUUCAAAUUCAAAAUUAAUAUUGCUGAUGGUUUGAAAGGCCUAGCUUUUUAUUUAUAAAUAUUGUUUGGGAAAAAAAAUAUUCUAUAUAGCAUGUAAUUAAUAUUUGAUCUGGAAAUUCAAAAUUUUUGGGCUCCAUUCCAGCCUGAAGCCUUUUACAGCAAGAACGGUCCUCUGUGCAAACCUAGCUAACUCUACAGUUUGACACCUCAUUUUAAUAUGACAAUGGUAGACGAAAUUCCUUUUGAUAUGAAUGUGCAUUUGCUGCUGUGCUAUCAAAUUGCUGUUUUUUAAUUAGAGGUGGAGGGACAGAGGGCAACGCUUAUCUGAAAAAAAAUCACUGUCUACAGCAAAAUGUUUGCAAUGAAGAAGAGACCAACUGGGGUCAGAGGAUUGCAUUCAGUUUUGCCUCUCGUGGUCCUACAAGAGAUUGAAGUAGCAACUGUCUUCCUGAAGUAACAAACUACAAACCAGAAAACAAUGGCUUGCAAUGACAUGAACAGAUUUUUGAAACCAAGAAGCUACACUACCAGGUACUCUAAUCCUGACCAUACUAGCCAAAAAUAGGAAUCACAUAGUCUACAGCACUGCACCUUCAAAAAUCUCUGCCUUCCACUUCUCCGAGAUCAUUUGUUGAUCUCCUCAUAGAUCCUGGACUGCACUGAAGCUAGGAUAUGAAACAAAUUCUGUGAGUGAAAGAUUGCUUCCUUAAAAACAAUGAAGUUAGCACCACUUGGCGGUUUCUUCAUGAAGUACUUGAACAUGGCUAGUCCCUGCAAAUGAAGGUGGUGAAUAAUACUAGCUCUGUAUAUGGAACCUCACAGUGUGUCUUACUGGGUUAUAUUUGGCUUGUGAAUAAAGAGGAUUUCAAUUACAGCAUUUUUCCUUUUGCUUCACAAAUAUUAAAACUCAAAUAAUUUCUUCAAAGUAAUCACUAGGAAUAAUUACUGCAUGGAGCCUUGUACUUCAGGUGAUGAAACUCUCUCAUUAGACAGCUACUAAAGCAAUGUAUUACCUUAAAAUGUCUAAACCCAAGAAGCUCAAACUCAGAUGCAGUACAUGGAACUGGGACCAAACUUGCUAUCAUUUAAACCCAUUUAUGACCCAGUAUCUUCCUCUUGCCAAAACCUGACAGCAAUAGCUGCAACUGCCCUCAAGAUGCCCCAGUUCUUUGGGGACCAAGUGCAGCAAACUGCUCCGUCAGAGGUAAAACACCCGCUUACCCCCAUAAUCCUAUGGACCGAAACAGCCAGCCUCAGAGAGCCAUUCUCCUUGCUGCAGCUGUCUCCACUAUCAAAGAGCAAGAAACUAUAGCCUAUUUUGCCUUAAAACUUGCCUUUCGGUGUUCUUCCCGAUAAACAUCAUUCAGCAUACAAACAAAACGCAAAGCACUACUAUUGCCAAUUACCCGUAAACAGCCUCAUCAGCUGAUGUUUAACUCCCUCUUUCAGUGAUUGUGCUGUAUUCCUUCCAUUUGAUUUCACAAAAUUGUAUAAAGAACAGAAUGGAUUUUGAACUAACGGUGAUGUGAACAUCCCUUUCAGCGUGGGUACUGGGGGCAUAUAUUCUGCCUAUAUUGCUCAAAUUGACAAAACUUUUGUCAAACUGAUUUACAGAUCAUUUCUAAUGUGACUGCAAAGAUUAGUACUGAUCACAGUAGCUCCUCUGACACCAUAAUCCUUUUGUUAUUUUAUUAGUGGUAUAAUAAUAAAAAGAUUUUGUCAUGAUAAAAUGUA